GCACGGCCGGGAAGACAGCCGGGCUUGUCUGGCCCGCGGAGGACUGGACUCACUGGUGCGCACUCUCAGUUCCGCGGACGUCAGGACGUCGCGACAGGUUCUAGGCUGGAGGAGCUGGGAGCACGCGGGCCACCAGCAUUGCCGGGUGUGGAUCGCAGUGCAGUUGCUUUGAGAGUUAAAGUGAAAGAAGAGCAAAGACUUCUAAAAGAGUAAUUUGGAAACACCUCUAAAUAUUUGUAACAGUGUAUAAGUGAAUCCAAGGAAAACAGUUGAACAAUUGAGGCAGUUUUAUGUGUGUGUCACCAGUUCUAUCCAGAAGUUGACAAAUCGUCCUUUGAAUUUUAGAAUUCUGUACAUUUGAGGAUGACCUUUCAAUUUAAUUUCACUAUAGAAGACCAUCUGGGAAAUGAAUUAACACCCCCUAGAGAUGCAACAUUGACCCUGGAUUCCUCAAAAGAUUGUCCAGUCUCAGAAACUCAAAAAGGUAAAGAGAGGGACAGAAAAUCCUCGCCCAGACAGUCUGACUUGCCUCUGGAUCACUUGUGGGAACACAAGUCAGGGAGAAAUGCAGCUUCCACUCAAGACACAGACAGUAUACUCAGUGCUGCUAACGAUUCAAUUAACUUGGGGCUACCUGAAGAACAAUCCUGUUUGAGAAUUGCUAAGGAACACUCUGUGCCUAAAGAUUUCAAGAAAGUAUUAGAAAAUAAAGUCAUGGAAGCAUUACCAGAUCUCCAGAAUAUUAAUCUAUCAGUGGUGAAAACCAUCCUGUUGAAAGAGAACUUCCCUGGCGAAGAAAACAUAGUUUCAAAAAGCUUUUCUUCUAACUCUGAUCUGAUUACAGGUGUUUAUGAAGGAGGCUUGAAAAUCUGGGAAUGCACCUUUGACCUCUUGGAUUAUUUGAUAAAGGCCAAUGUGAAAUUUGCUGGGAAAAAAGUGCUGGAUCUUGGCUGUGGAUCAGGGUUGCUGGGUAUAAUUGCAUUCAGGGGAGGAGCAAAAGAAAUUCAUUUUCAAGAUUAUAACAGUUUGGUGAUUGAUGAAGUAACCUUACCUAAUGUAAUAGCUAACUCUGCUUUGGAAGAUGUAGAAAAUGUAAACCAACCAGAAGCAAAAAAAUGCAAAAAGUCAAAAAUAGCACAAGACCUGUGUCAGUGCCGGUUCUUUUCAGGGGAAUGGUCUGAGUUUUGUAAGCUUGUACUAAGUAGUGAGAAGCUCUUUGAAAAAUAUGAUCUCAUUCUAACCUCAGAAACCAUUUACAAUCCAGAUUAUUAUGACACUUUACACCAAACAUUCCUUCGAUUGUUAGAUAAAAAUGGACAGGUGCUUUUGGCCAGCAAAGCACAUUAUUUUGGAGUAGGUGGGGGUGUUCAUCUCUUUCAGAAGUUUGUAGAAGAAAGGGAUGUAUUUGAAACUAAAACACUUGAAAUAAUUGAUGCAGGACUAAAGAGAUUUCUAAUUGAAAUGACUUUCAGGUACCCCAGUUAAUGUCGAUUUAGUGUCCUAACUGAAAUAAACAGAAUGAAGAAAAACUUGUUUGAUUUCUGCUUUAGAGUAUUAUUUUUCUGCUGUUAUUAUGUUUAUCCAAAUAAAAAGCCAGUGAUAUUGGCAAUCUUGUACUUGUUAGGUGAAACUGAGGAAAUAAUGUCCCUGAGAUUUGAUAAGCAUUUUGUGGGAGUUUUUAGCUCUCCACCUUCAUGCUAUUGACCUCACCUUUGACACAUAAAUUUGUUCCAGGAAACUCACUGUAGGGUAAUGACUUUCAGGCCUUUCUGCCCUGUGCCAUUAGGAUUGCCCUGCCUGAUGGGGCACCUGCAUUUUGUUACAUUGUUCUAAGUUGUGUUUACUUCUGUGGGCCAUGG